CUACGAACUUUUCCUGACAAUGGGCCGUUGAUACCGAGAAGCCGAACGCAACAUCCUCACUACUAUGUACGCGAGCUCAGCGCACGAACUCCGCGUCGUUGGCAAAUAUUGCCACCGUCACUCUCACCUGCACACCGACCUCGUUGCUCUCACACUUUUCACGUUGAAUCAUUUCUUCCUCAAGACUCCGGCAAGCCAGAGACCCAAUGAAAAAAAAAGGUCGCGUCAGCCGGAGGUAGUGCAAUACCGGCGACACUGUGUCCUUGACUAUGAGCAAGCCCAGGGAGCCGAGGACCGGUUACAAAAAUUAGAAUAAUCUUGAAAAUGUUCCCGUAGGAACGUUCCAGAGAUUAAACUGAAAAGAACAGAUACUACACU